AUGAUUUUGACACUCCUGUGCACCACUUUGCUACCGGUGGUCGCACUGGGGAGCAUCGACCGACAGCGGGUUGUAUCUCAAUUCAAUGUUGUCCGUACUAAUGUGAUUGAUAAUAACACCACGCCAUUGCAAGUUGGCAAUGGCAACUUCGCUUACAAUGUGGAUAACACAGGCAUGCAGACCUUCUUGCCCUUCAACACACUUUCAAGCUGGGCCUGGCACAACGAUUCACUUCCAACCAAUGGCGAGAAGCUCAGCGACUACACAGGCGUUCCUAUGCUGACCCAUGGUCGAAACGUCUCCUACGAUGUCCCCGAUACGAAGCUUCCCCAAGUCUCACAAUGGCUUAUCAGUAAUCCUAAUCGCAUCAAUCUGGGCCGGAUCGGUCUCAAGUUUAAGGGAGAAACGCUGUCGGCAGCGGCGAUGACAGAACCAAGACAAGAGCUGGAUCUGUGGAGCGGUAUCAUCACCUCAACUUUCAAAGUCAAUGGUAAGGCCGUCAAGGUAGUCACACAAGGCGACUUCGCAACCGAUGUCGUUACAUUUCAGAUCGAAUCGGAUCUCGUGUCCUCCGGCGACUUGAAAGUCGAGCUCGAUUUCCCGUAUCCGCCUAUUCACACGACAAAGUAUAAAUACGAGGUCUUCGCCGGCGUUUACGACUUCCCGUUGAACCACACGACUCGAAUCGUUAAUACUUGCGGGCGAUCCGACCUGGCGCACAUUUACCACGAGUUGCAGGAGACGAGCUACUACGUGAACCUGCGCUGGCCUCACGAAGCCCCUCUCGAUCUCUCCCGAGACGAGCCAGAGGGGUCUGAUAAGAUCAACGCUCAUCGAUACACGCUCUCUCUUGUCGGUGGCACUAACCAGACUUCAAGUUCUUUGACCUUUACUGCGGACUUUUCACCCCAGAAGCAGGAUCCCCGGCCCCCGGCCGACGUUCAGGAGGAAAGCAUCGCUGAGUGGCACGACUACUGGACCGAGGGCGGUUUCGUCGACCUGACAUUGUCUUCGAACCCCAAUGCCACAGCGUUGCAGAGACGCAUUAUUCUAUCGCAGUAUCAUGUCCGCGUCAACAGCGCGGCAUCCGGUCAAUCGCCGCAGGAAAGUGGGCUGAUGAACAAUGGGUGGUACGGCAAAUUUCACAUGGAAAUGGUCAUUUGGCACAAUGCCCACUGGGUGACAUGGGGUCGAAAAAAAUAUUUUGACAACAUAUUCCCAGAGAUUUACGAGACGCUGCUUCCAUCUUCUCUCGCCAGAGCAAAAUCGCAAGGAUGGGAGGGGGCCAGGUGGCCCAAGAUGACGGAGCUAGAGACGGGUGCCAGUUCCCCUGGUGGAAUUAAUGGCCUUUUACUAUGGCAACAGCCUCAUCCCAUGUAUCUCGCAGAGCUUGCGUAUCAGUCUUCGCCAGGCGACGAGACCCUGAAGUCAUGGGAUGCAGUCCUGACGGCGACUGCCGACUACAUGGCAUCGUACGCCUGGAAGAAUGAAAGCUCGGGACACUAUGAUUUGGGUCCGCCAUCAUACGGUGUAACUGAGAAUACACCACCAUCACAAACAUUGAAUCUGGCCUAUGAGAUCGCAUACUGGAGAUACGGACUAGAUCUCGCGCGCGAGUGGAAGAAGAGAUUAGGCCAAGCGGUUCCCGAGAAAUGGACAGAAGUGGCCGAGAACCUCGCCCCGCCACCACAAGUCGACGGUCUGUACGCGGUAUAUGAGGGAUUGAAUGACACAUGGUGGCAAGAUCCAGCUCUAAAUGGGGACCCGCGCAGUCUUAUCAUGAUGCAGGGGAUACUACCAGACACACCAGCCGUCGACCCAAUAGUUGCGCUGAAGACGGCGGACAAAGUGUGGGAGGUGUGGACGGACCAGAAGAUCCGCGGCUGGGGACGGCCUGUGCUGGCUAUCAACUCUGCGCGGAUUGGGAAUCCGGAGAGGGCUAUUUACCACUUGACUGCGUAUGAUUACUGGAAGUUUGAUGAUGCUGGCUAUGCUAUUCGCGGUGGGGAUGGCGGUACCCCUCCUCCUUUCAUGCCGGGAAAUGCUGGCUUCCUAUAUGCAGUGGCGUACAUGGCUGCUGGCUGGCAAGGGUCAGAAGGUGAUGCACCCGGCUUCCCACAAGGAGCGGGAUGGGUGGUCAAGCAAGAAGGUUUACAGAAGGCACCCUGA